GUUAAGAAGUCUCUUUGUUUAGCUAUUUAUACUUGUCACAAACAUUUUUGAAAUCAUCACUACCGCCCUCUUUCUCUAACUUCUUACUUUUCCUUCAUAGUAAAACAUAAAUAGAAAACUUGAAUAUUAAAAAUGACUAUUGGAAGUGAUAGGAAGAACAAGGCAAUGAUUGAUGAGAAUGCACCUUUGUUACCUAAGACUCAAGAAAGUGUUGCUAAGUUUGAUGAUUUUAAUGGAGCUUCAUUUUCUAGUGCUGUUUUCAAUUUGUCAACAACAAUUAUUGGUGCUGGAAUCAUGAGUUUGCCUGCUUGUGUUAAAAAAUUGGGAAUGAUACCUGGUCUUACUGCCGUAAUCCUUUCAUCAUUAUUUACAGAAAAAUCAAUUGAUUUCAUGAUCAGAUUUUCAAGAGCAGGGAAUGUUUCUUCCUAUGGAAGUCUCAUGGGGGAUAGCUUUGGAAAAUAUGGAAAAGCUUUGGUCCAGAUGUGUAUUACAGUCAAUAAUAUUGGUUUUAUGAUUAUUUACAUGAUUAUUAUUGGUGAUAUAAUUUCUGGAACAUCUUCAAGUGGAGGACACCAUUAUGGUGUCCUCGAAGGAUGGUUCGGGGUUCAUUGGUGGACCGGGCGUACAUUUGUUCUUGUUAUUACAACAGUUACCGUAGUUGUACCUUUGACAAGUUUUAAAAGAAUUGAUUCUUUGAGAUACACAUCUGCAUUAUCAAUUGGACUGGCAGGUGUUUUUCUUGUCGUUGUUGCCGGAAUCUCAAUUGUCAAGAUCAUAAAUGGAGACACAACAAUUCCAAGACUAUUUCCAAUCAUUACUGAUGCAGCAUCAGUUUUUGAAUUGUUCACCACAUUUCCUGUACUUCUAAGCGCCUAUAUUUGCCACACUGUUGUUCACAGUAUAAAUAAUGAAUUAAAGGAUUCGAAACAGAUGCAAGGAGUUGUGAGAGCUUCCAUUGUUCUAUGCUCCUCGGUGUACAUACUCACAAGCUUCUUCGGAUUCCUUCUAUUUGGUGAAGAAAUAUUCGACGAUGUUCUUGCCAAUUUCGAUACCGAUCUUGGAAUACCGUUCAGUCUUAUUCUCAAUGACGUUGUUCGGGCUAGCUAUGCCGCGCAUCUCGCGCUUAUAUUUCCAGUAAUCUUCUACGCAGUUCGGGUCAACAUCGAUGGACUCUUGUUUUCUUCUUCAUCAAGGCUUUUGGUAGAUGAUAACUUCAGAUUUUUCUCUAUUACUUUUUCUCUUGUUGGCAUUAUGUUCUUGGGAGCAAACUUCAUACCUAGCAUUUGGGAUAUUUUCCAAUUCAUUGGAGCAACUACUGCUCUUUGUGUAGGAUUUAUAUUUCCAGCUGCAAUCGCUCUCAGUGAUAAACACAAUAUAGCAACUAAAUCAGACAAGAUUCUAUCAGUUUCUAUGAUCAUCCUUUCAGUAUUAUCAAGCGUUGUGGCUAUAUACAGUAAUGCUUAUGCCUUGAUCAACAAGAAUAAAGUUUAAUGAUAUAAUCACAGGGUCAUGGCCAAAUGUAUAAAAAUAAAAUCAUGUUUUUCUUUCUUUCUUGCGGAUUAUGAUAUGUUUAUAAUAAUAUAAACAUAGCUAUAGCAUGUAUAUAAAUCAUCAAUUACUAUUUAAUCAAAAAUUACGAGUCAUCAUUAUGAUAGAAUUAAGUA